CUAGGAAACUAUUUAUACUGAAAACUACAUUUUUAGUUUAGUUUUCUGUAUGUUUUGUUGAAAAAAAUUGUGUUUUAAAUAAACUAUGAUUCAAAAAACAAUACAAAAACAGCUAUUAUAUAAAUCUUCAUCAUCAAAUGCAGAUAAAAAUGUCAAACAGAAUCGCUCCAGUUACAAAAGCGUAUACAAUUCGACAUCGGGUUUAAAGAGAGAACUAAACGGUCACGAAGAAUUAAGUACUAAAGAGCACAAAAAGAUAAUAUCUGCUAAAAUAUUACCACAAUAUCCAAAAGAAAUAACAAAUAAAAAAGAAUUCAGGAAUAAUAAGAAUACUAGAAAUCUUACACAGCAGGAUUUAGAAAUAAUAAAGAUAUUUACAUCACCAGAAUGGUCGAAAACACCAUUUUAUACAUCGACAAAUUCUAUAAUAAAUUCAAUGGUUAACGAUAAUAGUAUUCCGUUAAAUACGGAGUCAGAAAAUAUAUUAGGUAAAACUGUAAAUGAAUCAGAAUCAAUUGAAUAUCUAGAUAACAUACAAGAAAUUACCGACCAAGAAACUGAAGAAAACGAUUAUGUCGAAGAAAAACGAGACUUAUACCUUCCUAAUGAGUCACUUAGUAGUGUCCAGAUAUUCGAAACAGAAGAGAAAGAAUUAGAAAACAAUCAGGAAAGCAUAAAUGAAAGCAUUUUAGAGAAUCAAAAUGACAAAGAAUUGUCCGAGGCAUCUUGCAGUUUUGAUAGUAAAAUGCAGAACGAAUCUAAUAUGUUUUCUGAAACAAGUAGCGAUUUAGUAAAUGAUUUUGGACCACAGCUAUCAUCUAGAAUUUCUAAUGUUGAUAAGUCAAACAAAUCAUUAAAAGUUGAACAGAGCGACUGUAUUUGUAAUGAAGAAGACGAAGAAGACGAAGAAGAUGAAUGCGAAUCGUAUUCUUACAAAGAAUCUCGUGAAGAAAAAGAAGCUUCAUUGAACUCCGUUGUGUCCACUUCCAAAUCUUCUUCAGAAAAGAUAUGGAACGACGUGGCUUUUAUGAAGCAUUUUAAUUUCGAAGAUUUUAGUGACAGCAAUGAUUCUAAAAUAGUUGAUUCGUCGUCCACGGGGUCAUUAAACACUGAUGUCAUGACUCGAAUAAUUCGUCAAAACAAAUCACGUAACUACAUGACUGAAAAGCAAAUUAGUAAUGAGUCAGCAUACAAAGAAGCCAUGGAACUGAUAUUUGAAGAAACCAAAGUAUCACUGGGACAACUUUUAAUUGAGGGUUUGUACCUCGUGUCAAAAAGACAUCGUCAAGACGCAUUUAAAUACUUAGGUAAAUGGUUGUUGAUUCAAGCUGAUAUCAGAGAUGAAAACAAAACUGAAGAACAGUCUAUAUCGAGUUUUGGAAAAUGAAACAAUUAACAUAAAACUUUUAUAAUUGUGAACAAAGUUCUAUAAUUACACUCCAACGCAGACUGUCAUAAUCUUUUAAUUAAACGAAUAACUAUAAUAUGUA